UAGAAAGGUAAUUUUUAAUUUUUAUUUCAUUGUUUUACUUUAAAUUAAUUAAAGAAAUACGCAAACGAAUUAUCGGUAUUAUCUAAACUGAAGUUGUUCAGGUUUUGUAAACUCCCUCCGUCGGUGUUCCUUCCGGACGAAGUUCAUACUGGUAGCCAUUUGCGCCACGAAGGCUGGCGAUAGUCGUGUGUGUGGAUUUGUGAAAUUAGAGGUUAUAGUGCUAAUUUAGGGGAAUAAAAGUGCAUCGAAAAUUCCUAGUUAAGCAUUGGGCACAACAAAAACUGUUCAAUGUCGUAAAAGCACGGAAUGUGCGUCUUAUGAGUAAGUAUGUUUUCCCACAUCCAUAGCAACAUUUGUUAAGUGAAUGCGACACGUGCUAAAAUUGUUGUAAUUAUUUGCUACGUUGGUGGUUUUUGCUCGGUUAACGUUAUGUAGUGUACGCAUUUUGAACUUCCUCGGACACUACUGCGCGAUCAGUUAAUUGGGUCUCAACGAAGUCUACAUAUAUUUUGAAUUCUAGCUCAGAACUCCAGAAAUGAAGAUAGACACCACAUUAAGCACACACAUCGAUAUACUUAUGAAGAAAGUGCCUGAUACUAUCACAUCUAACAAUUAAACAAGUUCGCAACUUUACUAUAAGCUUAAAUCUUAGUGUAUGGGAAGAAGUCUUAACACAAUUUUACGUCAAGGAUGAAAAUACCACAGACAACGAAUGUUGGAGCUUAUUAUGCCAAUGAGGAAAAUGGCCAGUGGCAGCCGAAUGGAGUUAUAAUUGACAGCGGCGUGGGUGGUGGAGUGGUGGGUAGCGGGGACGCCGGGGUUCACAGGCCGCCCGUCUAUCCGGUACAUAUACCCAGGGGACAUAUACCUGCCGGCUACGUAAUGGCGGGUGCUUUCUACCCACCAGCGGGGGCCUAUCCGGUGCCGGCGCCUCCCCAGGACGACUUCGAGGACUACAUGUGGAUGGAGAACGAGGAGGAAUUCGAUAAACAGGUGAUGCAACAGCUAGAAGAAGAAGCUUUAAUGGAGCAAUGUAUAGAAGCCAUGUUGGAAGACGAACAGAGGGAGAGAAACAGACCCAACGCAAAUGGGCAUCCGCAGUACCCCACAACGAGUAAUGGCACAGGAUUGUCCCUAGAAGAAACCGUGUCACGUUCAACAUUAAACCCGUUGGCUGCAGAAUUCGUUCCCACCGCGCGUUUACAACCGCCACCUGUACAAGAAAGGACAGAGACAACAGACCCUCCACUCGUGGAGCCCACGAAGAGUCCGGACGAACCACAGACACAAGCCAGUGCAGAGAGCAAAGAUAAUGUAGACGCACCCGAAGACAAAGCUGAAGUUAUAGAACCAUCGACACAAGAGACCCCGGAAGUUAGCGCCAAUGUUCAUAUAGAAAAGGACAAAAGGCCGAAAGAAAAGGACGCAAAGAAGGAUACGAAACCCAAAGUUGACGUGAAAAAAGCAGCAGUCAAACAGCAAGACGGCAAAACGAAAGUGACUAAACCGCAAAGUGUGAAAUCCGAGCCUAGAGUGACGCAGAAGAAGAAGGAGCCCGCGAAAAUUGUUAAGAGUGAAGUGAAAGUGGAGGAGAAAGAAGAGGUUGCGCCCACAGAAGCGCCAAAACCUCAACAGACGCCCACUGAAGAAGUUGCAACGCCUGGAUUCAAACCUAUCAACUACGCUGCAGCAGCCCGAGCCACUAAACCCAAAAAACCAUCGUCACCACCCGUAGAAGUUCCCCUCACCACCAUCAAGCCGGAAAAGGAAAGAAAGCCCGAGAAAAAGACGGAAAAAACAGCCCCGAAACCGGAAAAAGUCACCCAAAGGAAGAACUCUGCAAAGUGAGUGAAUUUAAGAUUCAUUGGUUCAUACACGUAAAUGUCUAAUGUACAAAUUUAAGUAAAAACAACCAUCUUGUUUGCUAAUCGUGUUUUUCAUUUAACAUUUUCAGUGUUAUAUUUUGUGCUUUAAUAGAAAAUUAGACGUCAUUUUUAAAGGAAGUUAUAUAAAAAAUAGUAUCUGAGAUAAUAAACGGGUAUUUUUUAUAUAAAUAAGGAAGUUAUAUAA